CCGAGUCCUCGCUGCUCCUGGGCGCGGGGCGCAGCCUCCGGUGGCGGAGACUGGGUCGCCCAGGACGGAGGCUGAGCCGGGGCCGAAAGGCUAGAGCUCGGCGAAGCGCCCUUGCUGGAUCGGAGGGAGCAGGCGGGAGCAGACCCCGAGGUCUCCGCGCAGCCCCGCGGCCCCGGCUGCAGCCCGCGCGCCUUGUGGCUGCGCGCUCGGGGAAGCGGGUCCUCCCGGAGCUCCAGCCUCGCGCGCGCGCUCCGCUCUUUCCCAGACCAUGGAUGGCCACUCGCGGCUGUCGGUACCCAGGGCUGCUACUCCGCUAACUCCUCGGACCCUGAGCGCUCCCGGGUUUCACCCCAGCCCUAGGGAAGCCUAGCGGGCAGCUUGGAGUCACCACUGAUGAGUGAAGGUUCGGAAGUGCAGCGGAACAGCGGCAGUGGCGGCACGGGAAGCAGCCUGGGAAGCAGCCUGGGAGGCUCCAUCACCGCCUGUAAGAAGGUUCUCCGCAGCAAUAGCUUGCUGGAGUCCACAGACUACUGGUUACAGAAUCAGAGAACGCCCUGCCAGAUUGGUUUUGUGGAAGACAAGUCUGAAAACUGUGCUUCCGUCUGCUUUGUGAACCUGGAUGUGGACAAGGAUGCAUGUAGCACAGAGCACCUGCAGCAGAAACUGGUCAAUGUUUCACCAGAUCUUCCAAAACUUAUCAGCUCCAUGAAUGUCCAACAACCAAAAGAGAAUGAAAUUGUCCUCCUGAGUGGCUUAGCAUCUGGAAAUCUCCAGGCAGAUUUUCAAGUUUCACAGUGUCCUUGGCUGCCAGAUAUCUGCUUGGUCCAAUGUGCGAGAGGGAACAGACCGAAUAGUACCAACUGCAUCAUCUUUGAAAUCAAUAAAUUCUUGAUUGGCCUGGAAUUGGUGCAAGAGCGGCAGCUCCACCAGGAAACAAACAUCUUGAAGCCAGAGGAUGACACGAACUGUUCUUGGUCCUCCAUCGAGGAAGACUUCCUCACUGCCUCCGAGCACUUGGAGGAGGAGAGCGAGAUGGAAGAAUACCGGAAUGGUUGUGAAAAUAUAAAUGUGUCAGCCAAUGCUUUCGAAAGUAAAAAGCCAAGGGAAACCACUCAGGAGGAAUGGAAUGAAAAGAAGGAAAAGUUCCUUUGUGUUUUGGAAAAUAAAUAUGUGAGCAAACAACAUACACCAUUUAUUAAAACAGAAGAAUCUCUGGAAAACACAACCUUCCAAAGGCCAGAGCCACCAACAAACCCCUUACAGGGGAACGGUGAAGCCAUGGGGAAUGAGCGACCAGCCAAAGCUUAUCAUUCAGACAAUUCUGAGGACCGUGUAGAAGAAUCUCAGGCAAUAGAUGUUCCGAGUGACGCCCACUUCUCCAUGAUAGUUAGGAAAGAUGCACCUGCUGCAUGUAGCAUUGUCACUGAGCAAAGCAGCAACCUUGAGCCAGGAGACCGUGAAGACCCAAGAAAUUCUUUUCCUCCUGCUCAAGAUGGAGAAACUACUACUGGAGAGUAUGCUACAAAUUUAGCAGAAUCUGUGCUGCAAGAUGCAUUUAUCAGAUUAUCUCAAUCUCAGCCUGCACUCCCCAUGGAGCCCACAAUCAGUGCUCCUGUAGGAAGUGCUCUGUUUCCCAGUGGCUGUUCCACAAAGGAUACAGUGACUGCCAGGUCAUGGAACAAGCUCCCCAAAAUCGUCAUUGUGCAGAGCCCAGAUGGUAGUGAUGCUGCCCCUGACCCUGGUAUCUCCACUUGGCCUGACACAGAUGUUUCUGUUGAUGCCACAGGGGUUCUCUCAAGAGAGAACCCCAGCAGACACCCUCAGGGUGCUCUAGAAGUAGCGUUAGCCUGUGCAGCCACUGUGAUUGGAACCAUCUCCAGUCCAAAGGCCACAGAAAGAUUCACAAUGGAGCAGGAACCCUCAGUGUCAAACUAUACCCUGGAAGGCAGCAAAGAGCUGCAAACGCCAGCACCCCUAGGAUUCCAAGAACCUUCCAUCGGUGACUACUCCUUCCCAUCUGCCCUGUGUGGGAUGACUCAGGUGGCAAGUGCUGUUGCUGUCUGUGGCCUGGGUGAAAAAGAAGAGGUAUCGUGCCCAAGUGACCUCUUGUCUGGAGCUGAGGCAUCUGAAGCCACCUCUCUACUUCAUAAUUUAGGGACAAAAAAGAUCAUGGAGCUGGAGAAGGAAGCCAUUGCAGAGGCUUUGCUCAUAGAGGCAGCUCUGGUUUUAACCGACCCUGCAUCUUACAGUAGCAUCAAAGACCUCAUGGAUUCUGUGAACAGGAGAAUCAUAGAAAUUGCUUCAAAAUCUCAGACCUUGUGUUCAGAAAACUUCCUCAGAAAUGACCUGGCACACACCCUGUCCAAUGUUAUCCUGAAGCAUUCCAUUGAUGAAGUUCACCAGAAAAAGAACAUCCACUCCAAUGAUGGCAGACCUUCGUUUGACUCCCUGGACACCUUUGUGGAAAGCACAAAUCAACUGCUCCACAAUGUUAUAUGCUUCACAUUCAAGAAGAUGAGCCAUAUGGUGAGGCUUGGUGAAUGCCCUGCUGUGCUUUCAAAGGAGACCUUCAGGCAGCGAGAAGUAGAAUCCCUAGGCUGCCAGACAUUUGACCAGGCUGCUGGUCAAGCAUGGACAGAAUAUUCCAGUGACCAUCUGCCUAACAGUCCCCACAGCACUAGUCUCACCUUGGAGGAUCUUACGGAUGACAUGCAUCCAAAGCAAGAGAAGAGUGGCGUGAGGCCAGGUCUAUUCAACAACCCCACACUGCCUUCUGAAUUAUGUAGUCACCGAGGGCUGGAUUCUUCCACUGCUAAAACAGCCCCCAAGGAAAUGCAAAGAAUGGUGGGUGAGGAUACAAAGACCCCUCAGCAGACACCCGGUCACCAGGAGAAUGAACAAGGAGCCUCCUCAGGAGCAGAAAAGAUCUCAGUGGUGGGCAAGUACAGGAGCGGCUCUCAGGGUGCGGAGGACAGUACCGAUCCCAGCACCCAAGACAAGUGCAGCUGUGCCACAUCUCGGAACAGCGACCUCCAAGGAAACCUGUCUUUGUCAGCAGAUGACCAGGGCCUUCCUGCUCAGCCCAUGCUAGAAGCAAAGCACCCAGACAGCUACUGCAUUGCAGACUUCGCAGAAGAAUUAGCAGAGACAGUCGUCUCCAUGGCAACUGAAAUUGCAGCUAUCUGCCUUGACAACUCCAAUGGAAAACAACCCUGGUUUUGUGCAUGGAAGAGAGGGAAUGAGUUCCUGGUGACACCAAACGCGUCCUGCCGAGCUCUGAAGAGGAAGAAGGAAAGCCAGGGCAGUGGGAGCACCGUGCGGAAGCACAAGCCACCCAGGCUCAGCGAGAUCAAGAGGAAAACCGAUGAACAUCCCGAGCUUAAAGAGAAGCUCAUGAACAGGGUUGUGGACGAGUCCAUGAACCUUGAAGAUGUCCCCGAUUCUGUCAGCAUCUUUGCAAAUGAAGUAGCAGCCAAGAUCAUGAAUCUCACAGAGUUCUCCAUGGUGGAUGGCGUGUGGCAAGCUCAGAACUAUUCCCGAAAUCGUUUACUGAGUGGCGACAGGUGGAACCGGCUGAAGGCCUCCAGCUGCGAAAGCAUCCCAGAAGAGGACUCGGAGGCCAGGGCCUAUGUGAACAGCCUGGGUUUAAUGAGCACCUUGAGCCAGCCAGUCAGCAGAGCCAGCUCUGUCUCCAAACAGUCGAGCUGUGAGAGCAUCACGGAUGAGUUUUCCAGGUUCAUGGUGAAUCAGAUGGAAAAUGAAGGGAGAGGGUUUGAGCUACUGCUGGAUUACUAUGCUGGCAAGAAUGCCAGCAGCAUCCUGAACUCAGCAAUGCAGCAGGCCUGCCAGAAAAAUGACCACCUUAGCGUGAAGCCAAGCUGUCCCUCCAAGCAGUCAAGCACGGAGAGUAUAACCGAGGAGUUCUACAGGUACAUGCUGAGGGACAUUGAAAGAGAAAGCAAAGACAGCACCUUCUCCAGGCGAAGCAGCCAGGAGUGGAGAACUGGCUUGCUGGCUCCUUCUCUACGAUCCCCAGUUUGUUACAGGCAGUCGUCCAUGCCAGAUAGCAGAUCCCCCUGCACCAGGUUAACAGUGAAUGCACCAGUCAAAGCCAACUCUUUAGAUGGCUUUGCCCAAAACUGCUCUCAAGAUUGCCUAAGUGUGCAGACCGUCAGUAGCGCUUCUUCAUCUGGUCUCUGCAAAUCUGACUCAUGCCUGUAUCGAAGAGGCGGGACUGACCACAUCACAAACAUGUUAAUCCAUGAAACAUGGGCCAGCUCCAUCGAGGCCCUCAUGCGAAAGAACAAAAUUAUCACGGAUGAUAUGGAGACAGCUGAUGCUGGUCCUGUUUCUGGCAGCUCUCCCUUUCAAGGGGAAAAGUGUGCAAACAGAUUAGCUGCAAAGAGAGUGCCCAGUGGGCCAAACCUGCUUGUUCAGGAGUCUGUUGAUUUCUCAAGAAAGGACCCUGUUAUCCAAAGCAAACACCCCUCAGUGUCCUCUCCAAGUGAAACUGCUCCUCUUACAGACAAAGAUGAUUUAGAUGCUCAGAAGGAAACUUCCUCCUGCCCUGAUGCUGGUCCUCAAAGCCACAGCAGGUGGUCCCUUUGCUCUAGGGGUGUGCCAUUGAUUCAGAUUGAAACAGACCAGAGAGAAGAGUGUGCCAGAGAACCCAAACCUUUGCUUUCCAAAAGCAGCUCCUUACGGGAGGCAGGAGACCAUGAAGAAAGAGUCCUGGAUGUGGCCAGGGGUGAAGACACAGCCGUGACUGUCUGCCAGAACCAGAGUGACAGUCCUGAUGCCAGAGAUGUACCAGAAGCUGAAGUCACAACAGAAGCCAGAGCCCCUGAUGACUUUCCCAGUCCUCCCAGCAGCAGCGAGGAGAGUACAAGCAGCUGGUCCCAGCUAGCCAAUGAAGAGGACAACCCAGAUGACACAAGUAGCUUUCUGCAGCUCAGCGAAAGAUCCAUGAGCAAUGGCAACAGUAGUGCCACUAGCAGUCUUGGCAUUAUGGACCUGGACAUUUAUCAGGAAAGCAUGCCAUCUUCUCCCAUGAUUCAUGAAUUAGUAGAAGAAAAGGAGAUUCUUAAAGGACAGUCAGAAAGCAUAAAGGAGCAAGCCCCUGGCCUGCCAGCGACAGCAGCCAGCCACCAGAGGAGCCUGCUGGUGAUCAACUUCGACCUGGAGCCAGAGUGUCCUGACGCUGAACUUCGAGCCACUCUGCAAUGGAUUGCCGCCUCCGAGCUCGGAAUUCCCACCAUCUACUUUAAGAAAUCUCAGGAAAACAGAGUUGAAAAGUUUCUAGAUGUUGUGCGACUGGUCCACCGGAAGUCUUGGAAGGUGGGCGAUAUCUUUCACGCAGUCGUCCAGUACUGCAAAAUGCAUGAGGAGCAGAAAGAAGGGAUUCCAAGUCUCUUUGACUGGCUCCUGGAACUGGGAUAAGACAGUUUUGCCCUGAGGACAGUUUCUUUCCUUCAUCUCAGCUUAGGUAACAGUGGUUUGCUCAAUGCUCUGAACUUUAUCAAUACAUCCCAUAAUAUUAGCAGAACUAUAAAAAAAAUCUACUGCUCAGUCCAAUGUACAUGGAGUAAUCUGAUGGAAAGCAAAAUAUAGGUUGAAUACAACAUGUUCCAAAGAUCAUGAAUUGGAGUGGCUGGCAAAAGAGAUGCUUCAGUGGGGACCCAAAUUAAAAAGUUUAUAACUCUUCCCAAGUUCCAGGAAAGCUGGACUCAUGUAUGCUUAAUAAUAUAAAAUUAUAUGGAAUGUCUCCAGUUAUGUGAUUCAACUCAAUGUGAAUUCAUUGGUGAGAAUAAUUUUAUAAACUAUGCUCUACCUUUCAUUGUACUGCCAGCCCAGGGAAAUACUUGGGAUAUGGGUGAGAAAUUUCCAAGUUUAUACAAAAGAUUUUCACUUUCAAACCAGAAUCAGUGGAUAUGAACAGGCAUGCAGUACUGUGUCUGUGUCCUCUGCUGAGUUGUUUCAUUUAUUUACUGCAAUCCGCUGAUAAAAACUCAACUGUUUCCCAACAGUCUGUAGGCUCCUUAUUAAUCAAAAAACGAACAGCAUUCAGCUAAGGGAGUGGGAGGUUGAAGAUCUCCUUGUUUCCAUGAAAAUAUUACCUGGGUGAAAUGAUUCCAGAAUUCCUAGCCUAUGGGAAAGCUAUCUUACUAAAAAGAAAAGAAAUAGUUUUUUUUAUGUUAAACCCUGUUUGGGUAUCCAAUUAUAUUAAAUAUAAACUUUCAUUUUAUUUUAUUGUAAAUUAUGAAGAGAUUACUAUCUUUAAUAAUAUAUAUUGAGUUAGCAUAGAUGGUCAUAAUUCAUGAAGAAAUUGCUCUCUGAAGUCGGCAUUAACGUUGAGCCUGGUGGUUUUUUUGUAUUACAAAGGUGGUGACACUAGUUAGCAUUACUGAUGUGCUACUUUGAUGACCUUCAUAGUGACAGAUAUAGGGUAAAGUCUUGUGUUAGGCUUGACGAGUCAGGACGACAGACUUCCUCACUCAAUGAUAUUGGGAGUUUGGGGAAUAAAAAGACUGUUACAUUAAAAUAUUUUAAUAACAGAGAUUUACUCUUUUGAAAAAUAAAAGUAUCUAACAUUUCCCUGGGAAGUUUUCUUUUGUUCCAACUAAAUGAUCAAAGAGGUUUACUGUGGAUUUUCUGAAAUACUAAGCUUUUACUGUUUUUAAAUAUUGCAAAGAUAUUUUAAAUGUAAACAAGGCCCCACACUAUUAAUGUUGGCUUUGCUUAAUCAUCUACAUUUUCAGAUGCCAAGAAAGCAUUUUUAUAAGCCAUACUUUUUUCCCUAUCCUCACAUGGCAGGAAUCUUGUCUAAUGCUCACUGGGCCUUUAUUAUAUAAAUAGUCCAAAUUUAGGUUGUAUGUUUAAUUUGACCCAUGAACCAAAUUUAAAAUCCAUUCAUCAUCUCAAACUGAAAUGUGCUUCUUUGUGCUACUAAAUGGAAAAGAAUAUAUUUAUUUUUAAAUGAUCUCAGAAUAUUGUGCAUAGAUUCUUGUUGUGCUCAAAUGUUUACUUAUCUUACAAAGCACAAAUACUGGAUUGUAACCAUGUGAUAAAUCUGUAUAUGUUGUUCUAAUGUUGCAAACAAUCAAUAAAUUUCUGUUGCCAAA